CGCGCGGUGUCCUUAUAAAAGUUUCCCCCGCCUCCCAAAUGUGGCUAACGUACUUUGUGAAAGGGAGGUCCGAUUUUGUUAAGUCUUGAACCCAACUAAGAGAAAAAUUAUAAGAUACAGCGCUUUUAGAAGAAGCACACUAUUAUAACAGCAGCAAAUUAGUAAGUACUAGGAUCUCAGUAACCUAUCUUAAUUCGCUAUCUAGUUGUUUAAUCAGUCUGAAACAUUUGAAACCAAGGACAAGAACAAAAACUCCAGAAGUUCCGGAAGAAACCCAGACAAGACACAAGCGACAGACCCUCAACGCCCCCGCCAGCUUUGUUCUCUUCAGGGAUUUUUUUAUUCAACAACCAGAAAACAUUUCAACAGAGUUCCCGGAGCAAGCGCCAGUCAGCAGACGUGAGGACAGCCGAGUACCUGGCCUGGAUAGCGCUCGGCGGGAAAGUUCCCUCCCGUGGUUGCGACCGGGUGGCGUGUGGUGUCGUUGACGUGUACUCAAG